AGCUGUGGUCUCUUAUAACACCACAUGCGUACAAUGUAGUCACUCAAUAUAUUAAUUACAAUUAGCAUAACUUGUAAUCUAAGAAAAUAUGUAGCAAAUUAUGUAUGAAGGCAAUAUUUGUGUUGGGAAUAGACAGACAGCUUCCCGGAAGUAGAGCAAUAUAAUUGUAAAUAUUAGCAAAAGUUUUCUAUUAUAUUGACAAGAUAGUCGAGUAAUCGCUCCAACAAUGGAAAUACAUGUCUUCAAAGGUUGAAGGCAGACGGGAGGAGGCGAAAAGGUUGGACCAUUCUAGCUAAUAAGGUUCUGGUUUGUCGUAACUACAGAGGAGAUGUGGACAUGUCAGAGAUUGAGCACUUUAUGCCCAUCCUCAUGGACAGAGAGGAGGAGGGCAAUUUAUCCCCUAUCCUGGCCCACGGAGGGGUCCGCUUCAUGUGGAUCAAACACAACAAUCUGUACCUUGUAGCAACGUCUAAGAAAAAUGCCUGUGUCUCCUUGGUCUUCUCUUUCCUCUACAAAAUUAUCCAGGUUUUCUCCGAGUAUUUUAAAGAGUUGGAAGAGGAGAGUAUCAGAGAUAACUUUGUCAUCAUCUAUGAGUUGAUGGAUGAGCUGAUGGACUUUGGCUAUCCUCAGACUACUGACAGCAAGAUCCUUCAAGAGUACAUCACCCAAGAGGGGCACAAGCUGGACACAGGGGGCCCGCGACCUCCUGCCACCGUCACCAACGCUGUGUCCUGGAGGUCAGAGGGCAUCAAGUACAGGAAGAAUGAAGUCUUCCUGGAUGUCAUCGAGUCUGUUAAUCUUCUGGUCAGUGCGAACGGUAACGUGCUGCGCAGUGAGAUCGUGGGCUCCAUCAAGAUGCGUGUGUUCUUGUCAGGGAUGCCUGAGCUGCGUCUGGGCCUCAAUGAUAAAGUUCUGUUUGAGAACACUGGCCGAGGGAAGAGUAAAUCAGUGGAGCUGGAGGACACGAAGUUCCACCAGUGUGUGCGUCUGUCUCGCUUUGAGAAUGACCGUACCAUCUCCUUCAUUCCCCCCGAUGGAGAGUUUGAGCUCAUGUCCUACCGCCUCAACACACACGUAAAGCCCCUGAUCUGGAUAGAGUCGGUGAUAGAGAAACACUCCCACAGCAGGAUCGAGUACAUGAUCAAGGCCAAGAGUCAGUUCAAGAGGCGCUCCACUGCCAACAACGUGGAGAUCCACAUUCCGGUUCCCACAGACGCAGACUCGCCCAAGUUCAAGACCACGGUGGGCAGUGUCAAGUGGAUCCCAGAGAACAGUGAGGUUGUCUGGUCCAUCAAGUCAUUCCCGGGGGGUAAAGAGUAUCUGAUGAGAGCCCACUUCGGUCUGCCAAGUGUGGAAGCAGAGGACAAGGAGGGGAAGCCCCCCAUCAGUGUGAAGUUUGAGAUCCCCUACUUCACUACCUCUGGCAUCCAGGUGCGCUACCUGAAGAUCAUUGAAAAGAGUGGCUACCAGGCUCUGCCAUGGGUUCGAUACAUCACACAGAACGGAGAUUACCAACUCCGAACCCAAUAGAAGCUGCAGCAGAGGAAGGACCGACCCAUAUAUUUCCAGGAUGUAUAAUUACCUAUAGUCCUAUGUCGUGGACCGUUGUUGUCAACUGUCUUUGUUAUUUUUUGUUUUCAUUUCCAUCUUGAAGUUUGGUUCGAAUUUUAAGUGCCAUAACACAAAAAAAUGAUACUCCUCUGACAAUUCAGAAUCUAGGCUUUUAUUUGGUUACAGUUGUAUUCCAAAAGCAGUGAAAUGUAUAAUAUUUCUAGACUUACUCAAAGGUAGGUCAGUUGCAAAUAAUAAAUACAGUUAUUGAUACUAUA